CGGUGAGGCUAACGGGCUUACGGAGAAAUUGGACCACGCACUUCUCUUUUAACAUGACGGUGGAAGGGAUACUCAGCAUGUCCGCAUUAUCUCUUCGUAUUGCUAGUUUUCUAACCCUUUGAUUCGUUUGUGUUUGUUAAACCAUCGGAAUUUCACGGUUUAACAAUACAAUAGUUAACUUGUCGUUAGGGCAAACAAUUAUGUAAAAGGUCUUAAGAUGUAGAACACAUUAAAGAAAAGUCGCACAAGCCCAGUAACGAUGCGACCAACAAAGUUGCCAACUUCCUUUUAUAGUAACUUUAGUAAUUUAUCCAGUUUCACCGAUUUACUUUUUUCUAGGUGGUUUCACAGGCGACGAGUUACUUAAACUAUGGAAGGGCCUCUUUUAUUGCCUGUGGAUGCAGGACAAGCCACUUCUUCAUUUUUUUAAUAUUUCCUAUGGGUCUGUGAACAAAUUUUCGGAGAAUUGACUCCAAUUUGAGAUGUGUUUAUUUUUUCCAUUGACUCUCUAAUCCCCUUUGUUGUGUUUUUGUUUAUGGAGACUUUCCUGCAGACCAUCAAAAGAGAAUGGACUGGCAUUGACAGGCUUCGCAUGGAUAUGUUUUUCCAGCUGGUUCGUUUUGUGUUAAGGAACUCUUUUGAAAUGAUGAAGAUGAAAGAAUGGGAGACCAGUGUGGUGACCAGGUUUCUGGAGCUCCUGACUGCUCAGGUCCUCCACAGCACCAGCGGAGCCCCUUGUGGGUUGCAGUUUCACAUACUGGACCUCUACAUGACCGAGCUGGCUGCAGUUGGCUCUGAGGUAUAACCCAUG